UAGCAGUUCCAAGUCUCCAACGCCUAGCACUGACAAUGCCCGGCCAUAUCAACGACCCGAACGGAGCCACGUACAUCGCAGACAACAUCCUGAUUACGGCUCUGACAAGCUUCAGUCCGCUCCAGUCACUCCGCAUCUGCGGCCUGAACCGUCCCUCCGUCCUCUGGCCCGUUGUCGUCCACCAUGCGAAAGUGCUGGAAUCUUUACUUUUACAACCCACCGAAUACAAUUACCACAACAUCGGCAUAGACGACGACCCCGACCGACUCCCCGCGUUCGAUAUCUGGGCAAUCCGGAAGCUAGGAGCGAUUUGUCCCCGUCUGAAGGAGCUUCGGAUCCCGCUUUCCCGCAGUAACGGCGACCGCACGGAAUGUGACCUGUACCGCGCGAUUGGUCGAAGCUUCCCGUCUCUUCAUAGCCUCAUGGUCGACAUGUACUGGCACAGGACGCAGAACGAGUACAAGUCGGCGUUUGCGUUCGUGUGUGAUACGGUACGCAACGCCGCUAUGGAUCACCACCUGGCCAGCCAGAUCUGGGACCUGGUCUACCUGCACCAGGCCAGUCCGCGGCCUCUGCGCCGUCUCACCUGUGCGCCUUUGCCCGCGGCCUUCUUCGAGUGGGAGGCGUGGUACGUGAUCAUGAGCGUUGCGCGCCACAUGAUCGUGACCUCCCCGGGCGACUACCCCGUUCACCCGCUCUCCAUACAGGAGGUGCCCAAGCCAAAUCACAGCAUGCACGCCCGGGUCGUCGAAUGGGCCGCCACCCGGUUGGAUAGAAACCCGUCUCACCUCAUCAAGCUGCUGUUGAGAUUUCUUUGGCCGCGUCCCCGCGGCGUAUGGGCCGUGGACGACUCCUGGAUACCGGGCAAGGCGCCGUGGAGCGCGUUUCCCCUCGCGGCGCCUCGUCAUCGGCGCGGGGGGUCUGUCGGCUUUGAGUUGACGGGUGCUCUUGGGCCAUCGUGGUCGGUGGAGACAAGCUCGGUAGUAGCAGCCAGUGAGCCGACUCGAGCAAAGGGGGCUUAUGGUAAAGGUGAGAACGAUAAUUCUAGUGAGGGCGAGGCCGGAUCUGUGGCUGACUAG